UGAGCGCAGCAAGGAGGCUGUGCGCUCAGCCCCUGGCAGCAUCACUCACCCGGAGGAAGAGAGCAGGGAGAUACUGGUACCGCGCAGCCCAUUGGCGGGGGGGUGGCACCGAAAGGGGGGUGCCUGCAGCUCCUCUCUCCACCCAUCCUCCAUAACACCCCCCUCCCUGUCACCACCACCGCCGCCAUCCUCCUCACACACAAAAGCAGUACGAUUAGCUGACUUAAGAGAGCUGAGGCUUGCCAGCUGCAAGCAGAAAAUAAUAAUAAAAUACCUUGGAGGGGAGGGAGGCAGCGGAGGAGGAGCAGCCAUGGAAGAAUACGAGUAACUGCCCUCAAUUCCGCCCCCCCAACAAAAUCCAAAUCACAAAGCAACGGCUGCUGCGAGAAAGGCCGACCUAGAUGUGUCCCCGCGCUCCUCCGCUGAGGAAGCUGCACACAUCUGCACCCGGAUCCAGGCGCUGGACCCCCUGAGCAGCCCGGCUCUGCGGGGAGGAAUGCCUAGCUGGGCUACAGGCAGGAUCUUCUUUGUUCCUCAUUAGCCACAAGCAUCGCCUGAGCCCUUCCCCAGGGGAACCGCUGUGCAGCCACCCCAGCUCUGAGUACGAUGGGGACCACAGAAGCCACUUUGCGGAUGGAAAACGUGGAUGUGAAGGAAGAGUGGCAAGAUGAGGACUUCCCCAGACCUCUCCCAGAAGAGACGGGGAUGGAGUCACUGGGCAGCCCUACAGAAGAUGAGAAUACAUCCUCUCCCCCAAAUACAUUAAACUUUAAUGGGGCGCAUCGGAAACGGAAGACACUUGUUGCACCUGAAAUCAACAUUUCCCUGGACCAGAGUGAAGGCUCCAUUCUCUCCGAUGACUUCCUGGACACACCAGAUGACCUGGACAUUAACGUGGAUGAUAUCGAAACACCUGAUGAGACAGAUUCCCUCGAAUUCCUGGGGAAUGGGAAUGAACUAGAAUGGGAAGAUGACACUCCUGUAGCCACAGCCAAGAACAUGCCUGGGGACAGCGCAGACCUGUUUGGGGAUGGCGGGACAGAAGAUGGGAGUGCUACUAACGGGCGGCUCUGGAGGACUGUCAUCAUUGGAGAGCAGGAACACCGCAUCGACCUCCAGAUGAUCAAACCCUACAUGAGAGUGGUGACACACGGAGGAUACUAUGGAGAAGGUCUCAAUGCCAUCAUUGUCUUUGCUGCCUGCUAUCUCCCAGACAGUAACCUGGCCGAUUACCACUACAUCAUGGAGAAUCUCUUCCUAUACGUGAUCAGUAGCCUGGAGCUGCUGGUGGCUGAGGACUACAUGAUCGUGUAUCUAAAUGGAGCAACACCCCGGAGGAGGAUGCCAGGCCUUGGCUGGCUGAAGAAAUGCUAUCAGAUGAUAGACAGAAGGCUGCGUAAAAACCUCAAAGCAUUGAUAAUUGUGCAUCCUUCGUGGUUUAUCCGGACAGUGCUGGCUAUAUCCAGACCCUUCAUCAGUGUGAAGUUUAUCAAUAAGAUCCAGUAUGUUCACAGCCUGGAGGAACUGGAGCAACUAAUACCAAUGGAGCAUGUGCAGAUUCCAGACUGCGUCUUACAAUAUGAAGAAGAGAGGAUCAAGGCCAGAAAAGAAAGGGCAGAAGAGAAACAAGAUAUGGCUGAGAAGGAAAGCAGGCCUGUGCCCCCAGCAGAGGAUCAAGAAACCAGUAUGUCAUGAAUCGAAGUAGAGUGGAAUGAAUGGAGAAGAAGAAUGACACAGCCUGGCAGUCACCCACGUAAAUGACCUUUUGGUAUAAGACCUUGUCGCCAUCUUAUUCCGAGUUCUGUAAGAUCAUGGAGCCUGCCUCCCCUGUCUCCAAGAUGCAAAGUCCUUAAAACUUUUUGGAAACAUCUUACUUUAAGAAAAAAAAACAAAAAACAAAAAACAAAACAAAAAAAAAACCACAAAGCAAAGCAAGCCAAGAAUAGCACUUUUCAGGACAGGUUCCAGUGUGUUUCAAUAAUGGUCUGUGGAGAGCUAUUAAGUAGUGCAGAUAGAUACCAUAUUUACCCUUAGUAAGUUAAGAGCAUCCUGUAGUCCAUUAGUCACCAGCCCAGAAAGAGAUAUAUUUUUUGUUUAAAUUAUAAACCCUUCCCCUAACUUGCUGCUGGCCAGCACUGAGACAUUUUGCUUUAAACUGCACAGCCAGUUUGACGUUACAACAGCCAUUGCCCCAGGGAAUAUCUAAUCCAGGCCAUGAAAAGAGUGCAUUUUUGUCCUUUCUAUUGCCAGUGUAUGUUUCUUCCUGAAAAUACCAAGUGCCCACUGGUCUAGGCACCUAUUCCAGCCUUGACCGCCUCAGUUAAUUCAUUGCCAGUUCCUUUCAUUAACUCACACCAUACCAUUCCUGUGAGCAAAUGCCAUGUUUUUUCCCCGAUUUGUUCUGUCUCAGUUUGUAAGGCACUCUGAUAACUCAGAAGGAGAGUCCCAUCUGUAUGGCAGCCUCCACAGAACCUUCUUAUGCACAUCUUCUUCUACCAACGCACACACACCAAAAAGGUCUGGUUUUAAGAAGGAGCCUUACGGACAGGAAAGUUUUUCAUGCCUUGUCUUUGUAUUGAUUUCAUGACACCGGACAAUCAUUCACUGUUAAUACCUCCUAUUGCGGAGACAAGCUGCUAGAUGUUUGACAUUUCCUACUUGCCAUCCCUGGGUAACAAGGGCCUCACCUAUAAACAUACCUGCCAGGGAAAAAAAACAUACCAGGCGGAGAAUGCUGCAGGUGUGGAGGCAGGUCGCUGUAUCUGGGUUCAGCUUCUCAGUUAGCCAAGAGAUGCAGAGGUGAUAUCGAGACUCUUGUAUUUUGCACUCGUGAGGAUUCUGUGAGCAAAAGAGGGAAGAAAAAUUAAGAAACAACUGUCUGGCCAAAAUCAUUUGGAAACUCCUGAUUUCACCAGAGCCAGCUUACACAAACUAUCUCAAAUGCUGUCAGGCAAAACCCCUUGCAGACAACUGCAGCUGAAGAAUUACCUGCGUAUUUCACCACUUAAGGAAUAUUUCAAGCCUGGCAACGCCAACCCGUGGCUAUUUGAAAUUACCACCAUUUCACUCUGCUCUGAAAUCCCCUGGAGAACAAUUCUGGCAAAGCAAGAUCUUCCUCAAGAUAGGGAUGCCUCCUAUGUACACAUGAAGUUUUUCUUUUUUCCUUUCAGUGAAUAAAGCUGCUACAGAUGAGAUCUUUAUUUUCCUGAAUGUUACAAAGGAGCAACAUAUAUGCUUUCUGACACGACUUCUUAUCUGAUACACGUUUUUCUCCUGCACUUCAGUCACAGAUGUAUUUACUGAACAGACCUUUGCAUGAAGAACAGAGCACUGCACCCGCAGCAUUAAGCCUAGAAGCUGAGAAUGGUAAAGAUGCCCGAUUCUGUCUCACUGGCAUCUUAAUGAUAAGCACCAAGCAAAAAUCGGUCUUCAUAACUUUCUAGAAAUUUCAUUAUGAGCCAGUUAUUGACAAAGUGAAUUCUGACCAGCAUUUUGGGGGUUUUUGAAGUUUAGGUUUUAUGCCAAGUACCACCUCCCCGCAAAAGGCAUUCUGUCCUAAGCUUUCCCAACAGUCAGCAGGCAUCUGUUUCAAGACAGAAGCAGCAGUCAGAAAUUUCCAAACAUUCAUGUGUUAACCCAAUCUGCAAAACUGGGUGUCCUUUUUCACACAUGGUCUGUCAGAUGGACUAAACGAACCCACUGAAAUUAAGAAAGAACUCCUCAGAUCAAAUUAAUUUUAGCUCAGACUAUAAACAAUCACAGAUCUCCCUGUAGUGUAAGAGUAUGUUAAUUCACUGUCUCCCAUUGAUAAUACUUAAACCUAGAUUUUCCUUCUUUUCUUUUGACACCAUUUUUAUGCAUUUAGAUAAAGAAUCAUCUGCUCUGCUUUCCACAAAAGAAUGCAAUGCAGUUGGACACUGAAAGGGUAGUUUACAAUUAUAUAACGAAAAAAACUGAUAGAGCGUUAGUAAUGUUUUAAAAGUACAGCUCCAGAAAGCUUUUAUGUAUCUGUAAUUAGUAAACACUUCAGUGAAAAAUGUUGGCACCACAGAAAACACUGCUGUUAUGGAACACAUGGACAUGGAAGAUAAGAAACCCCAAUUACGUUCAGUCUUGGGGCCUGAAGAAGCAGACGGCUUCUUGAUCCUCAGCAGUAACCAUACCAGAAGAAUGUGGAGUUUGGUUUUGUUGUUUUGUUUUUUUCCAAAGAAAAGACACUCUGUCUACAUUUUCAGCAGAACUACAGAAUAAGCAGACCUGAAGAUGAAACUUCGUAAUUUUUCAAGUCAUUCCUUCAGGGCAAGGUUAAGAGUUCAGCUGUGAAAAGGACAGAUGACCAAUUUCAUUUCAAGCUAGCAAGUAAUUUGUUUGAAUACAAAAGUCAAUUUGUAACUUCUUUGAAACAGUUUUUCAAAAAGUGCACUUUCUGAUAGAGCACUCUAAGUAGUAUGCACUAUAUUUUAAUUUUUAACAAAAUUUUAUGAGCGUAUAAAUGUUAUGUUCCUGAAUGGAUGGACGGAUGUCUGUAUGUCUUUUCAACAUAGAAAAGAACCUGCCACCCAUAAUGGAUAAACUAUAGCUAAAUGUAAAAAGCGCAUUUUUAUAGCAGCAACAGAAAAAAAGUAUCAUUUGACUUCUUUCAGACAGUGAUUUUAGAUGCUACUUGAAACCAAAGUAGCUACAAAUUCUUUGACAGAAACACAGAAACAAUCAAGUUGGCAGCAUCCCUUUACCAAAUGCGGAGGAAAUAGCAAAGUUUGAUGUUGAUAGACCUGCACAGGCUUCAAACAAAAUCAGACCUACAUGUUGCAAUAAACACAGCACCAAACAUGCUGCAUUCAUCUUCAGAAGAUCGUUACAGAUUUCGAUCCACCCUGCAGUGCAGGUGAGAGAUCUCAGUAGCUCUCCAGGCCAGCUGAUGGGGUUCUCAGAGGCUGCCCACGUGGUAUAACGGCCUUGGUGGGGAGCUGUCAGCCGGCGGCUUAAACCCAAGACUUACCUUGCACCAGAGUCAAGCAGUGACAAUGGCCCAAACAGAAAACGGAGGUGACUGAAGCCAUUGUUCAAAUUUCUUUGCCAGUUCCUUAGAGAGCUGCCCUCAAAGCCUGUCUGCAGAAGGGUUUGCCAGCCAAGCUUUACCUUUCCCCUGGAGAUGCAGUUCAUAAGAGAAAUACGCUAUACCAGCAAAAGAAAAAAAAAUAAAAGUUGCUAGUAAAAGUGCAUUUACAUUAGAACUUUUGCCAGUAUAUAUACAUAUGUUUAAAAAAUAAAUGAAAUAAACUAAAUCCUUCUAGCAAUACUGCUAUACUGGUCAAUGUUCCAAAUGUAUACCAGGCCUUGUUUCUCUCUCACAAAAACAUCUCUGAAGGAUAAAUAUAUUGACUUAUGAAUGCCACUGUGUUAUAUCAAAAAGUAGGUGUUACCAACAGCAUUUUCCUGGUCUCGGAUUCUACCUUUCAUGAUAUUUUCUAAUGGUGAAUCAACAGAUAGCCACAUUUCAGCUGCAGAAAAAGAUUUUUUACACCCAUGAUAGCAUAUUCACAAAAAUCACAGUGUUCUUACUCACAGUCUAAUGGCUGAAUGUCAAUAUUCAUCCAGCAUCAGCCCACAAACUGGAAAAUCAGAUCCCUUCCUGUACCGUUGGUGACAGACUAGGACAUACCUUCCCAUCUCUUUAAGGUAGUCACAGGACUUGACCUGUUGUCAGUUUGAUUCCCAAGGAAGACACAGGAAAUAAAACUGAGAUGCUGCUGUAUAUUCAAGUUGGAUAAUUAACACGAUUUCUCCUGUACAGUACUGUGUAAAUGUGAGUGGAUAUUUAGAGCAUACCUCAUUGCAAUUUUUCCAUCUAUUUUUUCCAAAGAUUAUUUGCUUACAGAUGUGCAUACACAUGUAUGAGAAAACCUAAGUGGUAAAGGUUUUAGAAGCAACGCAUCCUCUAUUUUACUUAUCUAGGGAUGAAAAAACAAAAAAGUUAUUGAAAUGCUGGUGACAAUAAGCUCAGAUUGGCCUGACAGCAGGUGAAAUGUACCGGCAAAACAGCUAUAAAUACAAAAGCACAUGUUCUCUCUUUUGUAUUUCCAUAUCUACUGGCAGUCAAAAAUACAGCAUGCUACUGGUAAAGUGAAUUUUAAAAAGUCACCAUGACAAUAUAACAUAAUCUAUCUCAGUUUCUUUUUCCUUUGUAGUGGGUCCUUUUAACCCAAACCUACAUGUAAAAAUGUGUGAACUGUCAUUUUUCUAAAGUGUUUGUAAUUAGGUGGUUUAUGCUAGAGACAUAGAUUGCUGUUAAGUAUGUAUUAUUCUUUUUGCUUUGUAUUAUUCCAUAAGAAUCUGUGGAUAUUCAAUUAAAAUGAGACUAAUCCUUAAGCAAAAAAUGCAUACCCCUCUUUUUGUCAGUAUCUUUUAUUUAGAUUUUGGCUCCAUAUGGAAAAUACAAGGAAAAUUUUUGUUUGGAUCCUAUUCCCUAGAACAAAGCAAGUCAAAGUCCUCCCUGGCAAUUAUGAUACUGCAAAAUGAACGUCUCAGAAUGUUUUUACUAAAAUAACUUCCAUUCUACCAAUAUGCCAUAUGACCUUUCCAAGUUUCCCUUAGUGUUAUGCUUUAGAAAAGAGUCAAGGAAAAAUUGCUUCCCUUGCAUUUCUAUCAACCUGUACAGAACCACACUUUUUUCAGGUUUUUUCAUCUCACAUUAUUUUUACGUAUCUUUUUAUACUCAAAUUGAUAACAAGAUCGGGAAUUACAUUGUAAAAAUAAAGACAUGCACACAAAAAACCCAACCCAAAUCCACUUAAACAGAAAAAAACCCCAAACCCUUACAAAUAAGCAUUUACAGGAAAAUGCCUGAGAUGUCUAAUUUGAGUCGGUUUUAGAUAGGUUAUUAAAAUAUUUCAGUUAAUUAAUUGGAAGAAUGAAUACAUACAUGUCUAAUCCUAUAACAAGCAUUACUGUUUUCACACUGUGAAAUAGCUCAUUCAGGAGAUGUAUAUUAGUUUAAAUGAGUAUACGUUCGUAGGGCUACACUUUUGCUGUAUGCAUGUAUGAAAACAUAUUUUUUGCUAUGAUUUUAUUUUCACCAAAAAACUCCUACCUCAAACACAGUAGUAUCAGCAAUGUGCUCUUCUACUCAUUCUCUGAUUUUUUG